AUGGGAAAUUGGUCAAAUACUCCAGAGGUGCUCUUAGUUAUAAUUGCUGAAAAACUAAAAAUGAUUGAAGAUUUUGUUGCAUUUAGGGGAGUGUGCUCCAGUUGGAGAUCCGCCGUCCCUAAGGAGAAUUUCACCGGAAUUACACAACUUGCUUGUGCAGUGCACGCUCGUAACGUUGUCACUCUCUCAAAGUCCGCCAUCCACCACCUGCAACACCGCCCUCAAACAACUCUAGAAAUCCAAACUGUAUCAAAUAAAUGGAGACGACUAGGACAAUGGAAUAAGUAUUAUUAUAAGGAGCGUUACUUUGCAUCCAAGGGAUGGCUAUUCGCUAUAGGCCGACACGGAGACACGUGUCUGUUCCAUCCCUUUUCUCGUGCCCAAAUAAGGUUACCUCAUGUAAGGACUCUCCCUGAAUGUGAUGAAAAGGACUUGAUCAUUGAGGCUGUCUUGUCCUCAAGCCCUUCUUCUUCUUCUUCUUCUUGUUCGUGUUUAAAUAAUUACGUUUUGAUUAUCCGUUACGAUGGAUGUAUAUCGAGUGGUUUGGCUUUUUGGAGACCUGGAAAGGAUGUUUUUACUGAACUAAAAAAUUACGAACCUGAGUUGCAGUGGUUUGCCAUUACUUGCUGCAGCAACGGGAAGCUUUAUGCCUUAGACGCGGGUGGGACUAUUGUGGUUUGGGACAUGAAGAUCGGCAGCAAUAAUAAUAAUAAUAAAGAUAACGACGAUGUUCCAGUUGUGGAAUUAGUCAUAGAAUCACCGUGUGUUGAUCAUAGCUCAUUUUACGUUGAUCCUUGGCUCAUGUUACUAGUGGAAUCUGAUGAUGGGGAAGUAUUCACUGUUGCAAGAGAUACUUUCAGAGAUAAUUAUAUCAUUCAUCGAAUUGAUGUAAACAAUAAAAAGUGUGUUCGAGUUAAGGACAUGGGAAACAGAGCACUCUUCUUUGGUCUUCGUGCUCGGGUCGGGUUUUUUAUGGAACCUUCUGAGAUACCAACAUGUGUGUCUAACCAUAUCUAUCUUGAUGAGAGAAGGAUAUAUUACAAAAGAUAUCUUCUUGAAAACACUGAUGAAGACCAAGAUAAACAUUCGCGUAGGGCGGCUAAACCUGGUAUUUAUAGCUUUCCAAACGGACCCCUUGCUCCAUUCAAGCGCAAGCGCCACAACGCCAGCUAG